AUGAGUCCAAAUACACAGGCAAUUUUAUGGGUACUUCGAAGUCAUGGGAUUUGUACAAGCAUAUUGAAUCAAUCAGAAUUGUCAGGAGACGCGUUUAAAUUGUCUACAGAUACGGGUGAUGUAUUUGUAAAGACAAGCAACAGGGCGUAUGCAUAUGCGAUGUUUGAAGGCGAAAUUGAGUCCUUGAAUGCGAUACUUGAAGCGGUUCCAGGAUUUGCACCAAAACCUCUAUGCCUUGGAACAUUUCCUAAUGGAG